UAAUAGAGCUUAUUUUGUCCCUUUUUGGGUACCUUUCUUCUAUAUAAAUCUUUACAACCCCACCACUCCUAAAAACUCCUCACAAAUUUUUAAGUAGUAAUAAUUGUUAAGAGAAAAAUGGAAGAAAUGGCUUCUUUAUGGUCUUACCAAGAGACAAUUGAUGAAAUGAGACAGAAACUUGCUUACACUAGUCUUGAACUUGAAAAGAUGAGUGAAGAAAUGAUGAAGAACAAAGAGUAUGUGAAGCAAUUAAUCCAACUGUUGAAAAUGGUUUGUGAAGAAAGAGAUGAACUUCAGAAACUAGUUGAUAGUAUGAAGUCAACAAAAGCAAAUUCAAGUAUAACUGAUCAAUCCAACAGCAACAAUUACUAUUCAUCCCCUGAAUUGGAAUAUUCCAAUAUAAAUUCAAAUCCAGUAGAAGUUGACAAUGUUAUUGAAAGUUUUGUUAAGGGGAAAAGUUUGCCUCAACAAGGGAAACUCUUGCAGUCUGUUGUUGAAGCAGGGCCACUUCUACAAACACUUUUAGUUUCAGGACAACUUCCUCAAUGGAGGAAUCCACCACUUCCCUUUAAACAUCUCAACUAUCCUGCUUCAACAUCUACGAUAAACUUUGCGAAUUCUUAUUCUGCUUCCUCUUUGGAAAAUCACAGCUUCACUCCAAAUAUGAACACUACUUUUGUAAAGAGACAAAGGUUGCAUUAAUUUAUGUUGCUCAGACGGACUCUUCGGAGUGCAGGUGGAUGCCUUAUAUUUCAAAAUUUUUGUACAAAGCAUUUUGUAAAUGGAAAAUAUUGAUCAGCAUUAGCUUUUGAUGAA